UUGUUUUCCAAAGCAGAUAAGUUAGUAAUUUUCUCCUCCUCACAUUAAUAAUUUCCCCUCAUUUCAUAUCCACAAAACCCCACACUAUUGUGAGGACUUCACACCGUACCAAGAGUUAUUCUCUCCAAUCUCGGAAUAUUGAACUGAUAAUCAAUUGGUAAUGCCUACUAUUGUAGCUGGCCUUAAAAAACUCAGAGAACGUCGAGCUCACGCCAAAGAGCUUCGAGGUCAAUCGAAUGAAUUACACAGAUGCUAUCAAGAUAUGAAAGCCGUGGAUGAUCGAUAUAACAAACCCAAGACGUAUCAUGUGGACCAAUUCACACACAUGAACGGAGAUGCAGAUAAAUUACAAAACCUGCGGGCUACGAUGCCACGGGAAAUAGAAAUAAGGCCUUCAAUCUCAAGAGAAAGGAGUGUCUUUGGAUCGGGAGCCACGGAUCGUUAGACGAAUCAUGAGAAUCUCAGUUCUCUCAUUUGCGAAGAGGUCGAGUCGAAUCUGAAAUAUUUAUGGUUGCGUCAAGGUGAUACAAAGGGCAUUUAUACAGCAUUGUCACUCCCCUGGUGUUGAAUUUGGAGUUAACAGUUAUCAUCGCAGCAAUUGGUGGCCGGAGCAGGAGGACUUUUGAUAAAACGCAGUUCAUGACUCUCU